CCCCUCCCCCUAUGAUAAGACACCUCGUUUCAGGCCCAUCGUUCUGCCGCUGCCGCUGCUCUCCAUCUCGCGGUCGUGGGGUUCGCACUGCGUCGAACCAUCUUCGCCCACCCGCUUCCAUGGCUUCACCCUCCGCCUCCUCCGCGAUCGCCUUCUCCGGCGGCGAAGGGGGAGGCUCGCGAACGAACGAACCCGUUUCCGGGGCCGUCUCUGCCCCCGAGGCCGCCGCGGGGGAGGAUGCGGAGUACGGGUUCCAGCGGCGGGGGUUCGGUAAGGGACCGCUCGUGGGGACGGUCCACCAGUACGAUCGGCACCUGUUCCUCUGCUACAAGUCGCCGGAGGUCUGGCCACCGAACGUCGAGGGGUCGGAGUCCGACCUCUUGCCGAGGUCGCUGGCGGGCGAGAUCAAGACCUGGCAGUCUUCGAUCGACAAGAAGACUCGUCUUACCAUAUGUCAAGGAGAGGAUGGCACUGAUUUCUCAAAUGGUGAUGUCUUGAUCUUCCCAGAUAUGUUAAGAUACAGGCAACUAACACAUUCAGAUGUUGAACAUUUUGUUGAUGAAGUGCUUAAGAAAAACUCUAAGUGGCUUCCAAAUCCACCUGAGCCACUUUCAGGUUCAUAUGUUUUUGUAUGUGCUCAUGGAAGCCGAGAUCGCAGGUGUGGUGUUUGUGGCCCUGUUCUGAUGCAACGAUUUAAGGAAGAGAUAUCAUCACGGGGUCUACAGGGUCAAGUAUUUGUCAGCCCUUGCUCGCACAUUGGUGGACACAAGUAUGCAGGAAACGUUAUAAUAUAUAGCCCAAAUGAUAAUGGAGAAGUGUCUGGACAUUGGUAUGGAUAUGUGACUCCAGAUGACGUGCCUAUAUUGAUGGAACAGCACAUUGGAAAAGGAAAGAUUGUAGACCAUCUUUGGAGGGGGCAGAUGGGCUUGUCCAUUGAUGAACAGAAAGCUGCUCAGAAUCUAAGGUUACAGCUUGAUGGGGGAUUGGACGAAAGCACUCACAAAGUAUCCACCGAUACCACCGGGGUCAGUGUAGGCGGUUGCUGUCAAGGCAUCGGUAAUACUACUUGUUGCCAAGUUAUGCCCAAGGAGAACCCCGAAAACCACAUUGCACAAGAGCAGGAGGCUCGAGACAUUGCACAGAAGAGCAGUGGCAAGGAUAGCAAUGCUGGCAACAGCAAAGAAGCCUGCACGGGGAAGCUCCAUGCGAUAUCUACCUGGUUCAAGAGCUGGGAACGAGAGGAAACCUACGCGGCCCUAGCGGUUGUUUCAGCCAUUGCUUCUGUUGCCGUUGCGUAUAGCUGUUACAGGCAGCUCAGAUGAGCGUGCACCGAUGUUCAUCAUGUUUUGUUCUAACUCGUGUUGCGAUAUUUGAUGCUUUCGAAUGUGCCAUCCUUGUAAGGCACCACUACUUUUCAGCUUGCAUGAUAGAAUAAGAAAUAAUGUAUGGUGGUGAAAAACCUGGUAAUUAUCCAUACAUUUAUUCGAAAUAAUAUACGCGACAUUACUUGUUAA